GGAUGCUGGAAAAUACUGCGCUCAACCUUGGUAUCGGAUAACAGACAACAUAUCCACCUUCGUCCAGCAAAUUGUAUCCUUACACAUAUAAAGAAGUGAAUCUUGCUCCUUAUUUCUGCACCAAACAACCAACACACCAACACACGAAGAAUAUCCCAUCAUUUGAUACGACAAACAUGACGCCUUUUCGGCUUUGGGGCCUCUCUCAUGCGGCGCUCUUUGCCGCGCCUGUGCUUGCGCAACUUUCAAAAUCCUCAGCCCUUGUGCAUUUUCCACAAACCUCAGCUCUCAUUGAGCUUCCGCAAUCAACAACUCUCGUUAAGCUUCCACAGUCAACAAGUCUCGUCAAGCUUCCACAAUCCUCGGCUCUUAUCCUCGUCGCUCAAACUCCCCGUACACAGACUGAAGAUGUCGAGGCUCCUCUGCGUUCCAGCACGUUAGAUAGUGGCAGAAUGACACGUAUUGACCCUACCGCAUAUCAAUCAUCUUUCAAGAGUAGACCAUCAUCUCCCAAUCUCAAGCCUCGGUAUAUAGGAUCCCUACAUGACAUGAGGACUAGGAUGAAGUGGUUUAAAUAUCACUGUGGGCAGCCUCAUGUCUGGCCUUGUUGGCGUAACUGUAUGCUUACACGGAAAUAUACGGGACAACAGCUGCGUUCAUACCGAUGCAAAGCCUUUUGUAGGCCAGAAAUGCAACCAAGGGCAUGCACGACGACCAGCGAUGACGAUUACCAUCACAGUCUGACCGGUCCUAAAGAUAUUUGCACCGAUGUACAAGGCUGCACUGUCCUUGGGAAGGGUAACCACCAUCUUCUGUGGCCAACGGAAUGGCCGGAAAUGCAAGGUCCUGUAAAUCAAGAAAUGUCAUUAUCACCUGCUUUCGAACGGGUCGAGCAGCCCAAUUAUGAUAAGCACGAGUACUGGAUCACGCCAGAAUCGACCCGGGACGAGAUGCCAUGGGGACCUGGUGCAAUCAUGCUUCAAGAAGGAGACGAGGAAAAGGAAUUCCCUUGGACGUCGGACAAUGUAACUCCGCAAAUGGCGCAAAAUUUGCCGAUGCCUCCUCUCAACGACCCGCAACGGGAAGUCGGGCCUGACACGGAAUAUGGAAAGAAUCCUGUGUGGGAGGAGUUUUUAGGCUCGUCUUAUGUGGAUAAAGAGGAUUGGCCUUUGCCGGACUACAACUGGAAUUCGGCUGAUAUAUUGCCUCUGGGUCCUGGUACUAGCUAGGCAAUGAGUGAAAAGUACGAGUAGUUCUUUGGUGACCCACAAU